AUGGAAGUAAAUGUUGAUAAUUGUUUAGAAGCAGUGAACAAGGAAAUUCAAAUAAAAUGUGAGGAAAAAGUGAAUGAAUCAGAAACAGCUAAAAAAGAAUGUCAACCAGAAUCAGUAGCUGAAGAUAUUCAAUUAAAAUCUGAAGAAAAAGUGAAUGGAACAGAACCAGUUAAAAAAGAAUAUCAAUCGGAAUCAUUGGCCGAGAAAAUUCCAAUAACAUCUGAGGAAAAAGACAGUGAAGUAGGAUUAGAAGAAAUAAAAGAUCAAACUGGGUCAGUGACAAAAGAAGAUCCUUUUGCUUAUCUAGAUCGGGAUGAUUUUACUUCUGAAAAGUACAAGAUAGAAAUAAGAAACCUUCCAAAACAUUAUGGAAUUGCUGAGUUCAAAAAAUUAAUUAAUUCAAAGUUGGCAUUAAAUUGUUCUAAAGUCAAGACUCCUAACCGUAAUGGAAAAUGGCUCUAUAUGUGUUUUCGUUCGGAAGAAGACAAAAAUACAGCUCUGGGUAUUUUAAAUGGAUAUAAUUGGAAAAACACAAAAUUAGAUGCUAGCAAUGCCAAAGCUGUUCCUGAUCCAUUAGUAAGAAAACGUAAUGAACAAUUUGAUGACAGUCCAGACGUAAAGAAAAUUAAAUUGGACAAUGCUGGUGCAGAACAACAGAUGAUAAGUGCUGUAACACCUUUGUAUAAUAUAUCUUAUGAUGAGCAAUUAAUCCAAAAAACCAAUUCUAUCAAAAAUGUUCUUAUGGAUUAUAGUAGACGGUUGAAACGAAUUAAGUGUGGUCAAGGUAUAUUUGACUGGUUAAAAAAACAACAAGAUGAAAAUAAUGGUCUUCCAUGUAAACUUUUGGAAAUACAAAGUCUUAAAGACGAUCCAGAGAAAUGUGUUGGUUAUAGAAAUAAAUGCGAAUUUACUAUAGGUAUGGACGUAGAAAAUAAAGAACCAGUUGUUGGUUUUCGCGUUGGUGCAUAUAACCAGGGAAAAACUAGUGUUGCCCCUAUUCAUAAUAUUUCAAACGUUCCUCAACGUAUGAAAGAUGUUGUUAAAUGUUUUCAAGAUUUGGUUAGAGCUUCAAAACUUCCUGUGUUUGAUCCUGAAAAUUAUUCAGGUCAUUGGCGUCAGUUAACUGUAAGACUGAGCUUAAAAACUGAACAAUUGAUGUUAAUUUGUGUAGUACACACAGAAAACAUGGAGGAAUCAGCUCUGAAUUCUUUGAAACAAUUAAUCUUAAGUUAUUUUACUGAAGGAGCUGGGACUGUUUGUAAAGUAGAUUCUCUUUACUUUCAAAAAGCAAAAAAAAGAGCCGCUGGUGAAGGAAAUUCAUUUCCCUUAGAAUUGUUACAUGGACAGGGAUAUAUCGUUGAAGAAGUGAAAGGUCUUAAAUUGCGAAUUUCACCUGAAUCGUUUUUUCAAAUAAAUACAGCUGCUUCUGAAAUAUUGUUUGAUGCUGCGAAAGAUUUAGCUUCCAUUAAUUCACAAACUACCGUGUUAGACGUAUGUUGUGGUUCUGGUACAAUUGGACUGUCUAUAGCUAAGGAUUGUGCCCAAGUAAUUGGUGUUGAAAUUCAGGAAGAAGCAGUUAAUAUGGCAAAAUUAAAUGCCACUGAAAAUGGUAUCACUAAUGCAAUAUUCUUUGCUGGAAAAGCUGAAGAAGUAAUGAACAAACGUGAGUUUCAGAACCCAGAAAAUGCUAAUGAUGUAGUCGCCAUAGUCGAUCCACCCAGAGCAGGACUACAUAACAAAGCGAUAUUGCUUCUACGAAGGAUGACACAUUUGAAACGAUUAGUAUACAUGUCUUGUAACCCUAAAGGGGCUAUGCAAAACUUUUUAUCUUUGUCCAUGGCUGAAUCUAAAACUAAACAAGGUGCUCCAUUUGUACCAGUGAAAGCUGUUCCUGUUGAUAUGUUUCCACAAACACCACAUUGUGAACUAAUAGUGUAUUUUGAACGACUUUAA